CCGAGAAAGCAAGAAAAAGCUCGAAAGAAUUGACUGACGUCUAUUAAUUUGGAUAAUUAGUUUAAACAAAAAAGGCGGACCAACGGAAAAUACGUCACAGACUGAGGGGGUUUUCCCCAGGUAAAAUAGACCUGUCUCGCUGUAAGGAGGUCAGAUUGUAAACAGUACAUUGAGUGAGCAUGGACGAUAUACAUAGAGAAGUUUUAUAGUGAAACGAACUAUGAAGUUAUACAAAAUUCGAUUCAUUGUCUUAGGACUAUUACUACGUGUUUUCUUCGUGUGGUGCCAAACUUGUGGAACUAAAUUCACGGACCCAGCCUCUAGCGCUUACUUAGCCGAGGCGGUGGUGGAAGGGAAAGUGACCAAAACCAUGCCCCCGAACGAUGAGGGGAGGUAUAAUGUGACCCUAGCGAUCCGGAGGGUGAGGAAAGGUGCCCGUUUAUUACCGGGUGGCAAGAAAACCAAAAUAUUAACGAUUGGAGAAUUCGGGGAGAAAGAUAUUGAUAGUGAAUGUGUGACAAGUAUUACAAAAUCAAACCAAAAAUAUUUCUUUUUUCUGAAAAAAGUGACGGUUGAGAAUAGUACUUUUUAUAGAAUUUCAGCAUUUCCUGUAUCAGUGUCAAAACAGUCGGGACGGUUAAUCAGAAAGGCAGCUUGUAAGACAUGCGGUAAAAAACCGGAAUUGAAGAAAAUUAAGGCAAAAAAUGUAAGUGUUGGCAAAAAGUUGCAGUUGCGAUGUCGUGUUCGAUCUGCAAGACCAGAUCCAUCUAUUACGUGGACCAAAGACGGAGUUCCAAUUUCCGGAAAAACAAAGGGUGUUCAAAUAAGGAAGAAAAAGAAGUAUUCACAGUUACGAAUAAACAAAGCAUCCAGCGAAGACGCUGGAGUUUAUACAUGUAUAGCGACCAAUGUUGUCGGGACAACCGAGAAAUCUGUGAAAAUUAAAGUGAUAAACAAGCCUCAAAGUACAGGAAGACCAAGGACCACACCAGCACCCAGACAUAUUCCAUGCAAACCGGAGGACCAAGGCUAUUGCUUAAAUGGCGGAGUGUGCCGCAUCAUCAAAGACCUCGAUAUCAAAUCAUGCGCCUGCAGACGCAAUUUUACCGGAACUCGAUGCGCCAUACCCAACCCAAACAUCCGGGAAUUUUCAGAUGCACCUGGGAAAACCCCUGAUCCUGAGCGGGAUCGAACCCUGACCAUUAUUGGCAUUGUUAUUGGAAUUUUGAUAUUUGUUUGUUUUUGCAUCGCAUCCUAUUUCCUUGCAAAGAAUAGACGCAUGGCAUACUUGAAAAAACGAGAUGCUAAAAAGAAGCAAUUAAACGGCACAACCACAACUUCAGUCUAUAACACAGUAGAUCCACAACAAAAUGGACGAAAGCUACAACGGCAGAACACAGUUAAUAUGGAAACACAGACGGAUGACGGAUGUCUAUACCCGCCAUAUCCAAACGCAAAUCCCGGCUGGCCGAACUCGUACCUGAAUCCGCUGGACAAUGACUUUCUAAGGAACCCUCCAUCAAACAGAAAUUCUCGUACUCGACUUUCUGGUGUCUCUACAGAACGAGAGAGGCCCACCUCCCAGCCAGACACCUCCUUGUCGUCCCCCAAACCUCUAUACAACAGGAGUCCGUCCGAUCCAACGAAGCCAUUCAAUGCAGCCGACAAUCGAGUCUGCGACAUACCGAGGUUGCGAGUAUCGGACGACUCCGUUGGAAGCGAUGGCGAGGAAGUUGCAGACGACAGCACUUCUCUGAGGAUAAGUGAAGACGACGAACGUACUCCGUUUGUACGGAAAACUUUUUCCGAGUCAGGGCGUUUCGAACCGGGUGGAAAUUCUAUAAAUAACGAUGAUGAAUCUGUGUCUCAGAGUUCUUGUGCAGACGACGAGGAACUGAGGCGGAUAUACUGUGCAGACGACAAUGGACGGUACGGGAGAAGGUGUUCAGAAACUCUCUCUUGGAAUGAAAGAGGUUCUCCAGAGCAACCCGUUCAACAAAACUGUUUCAAUAUAGAAGAUCCCAAUUAUCUUUAUUCAAACAAUUGUACACUUCCGGUUACCUAUGACAAUAUCUACAAUCUUAACGACAGUCAAUUUCUUGAUGACAAACCUCCCACGCCCGUUUAGUUUGCUGGAUGUUGUAGAUGAUUGAGUUGUGUUCUCGCGAGAUCUCUCAGAUCUUGUUUCUUGCCUCCGUGAAAUCUUGCUGGCGGGCUUUUUCGGAGUUGGCCAAGUUGGCUAAAGGAAACCGCGCUCCUCUCAUACUUUUAAAGCUUGAGAAUAAAUGACGAGUAUUAUUGAAAAGUUGAAGAUAAGUCAGUCAAACUCGAGGAAAUUGGAUGCCUUUUUUUCUUUUUCGUUGUUCUUGUAUUUUUUUUAACAUUCUUGUUUCAUAUGCAACUAUAAAAAUGAAAAACCCAAAAUUUCAAUUCAGUGCCACUGUUAUUUGUGAUACACUUGUCACGUGAUAACACGUGUAUGUUUCGUAUGUCUCUGCAUCAUUCCAAUCCUGGUGAUUAAAUGUCUCAAGAUGUAUGUUAGUAGUAUAUACAUCCCAGUGAUAUUUUUAUAUUAUUAUCUGAAGCUUUUGAAUAAUACUUGGGUUUUUUUGGACGGUUAUAUUGUAAAUAUGCCUGUUAUCUGUUACAUUUUUGUCCCAUAACUUUUAUCUUUUAAUAUAUUGUUGCUCUCCAUGUUUUCAGUGUACGAGAUAGAUGUGGAAGUGUUUUUCCUUAAAAAUAAACAUUUUUAGUCAAUUUGAUAAGGCAUUUAAUGUAUAUGUCAAACUUUUUGAAACCAAUAUAUAACGUACAUUCCUUGUUACUUGAUCAUCUGUAUAUACAUUCAUGUCUUGCUAUUUAUUGUUGUUGAAAACUGUAGAAAAGUCGAAAAAAAAAUCAAUCUUUUUUUUUAUAUCGAACAAAAUCUUUCAUGAUUUUAGAAGAAACAGUACUUCGUAAUCUUGAAAAACUUUUUCUGAGGUCGUUCACAAAAUUUGAACAAGUUUGCCAUAAGAAUCACUGCCAAUACCAUGAACAAUUUAUAUUUACAUUGACUGAUAUUACGCAUUUAAUAAUAUUUUCCCUUUUUUAACACUUUUCAUGUUUUCCUAGAAAAAUAGAUAGAAGAAAUUGAAUUUAACUUCUAUUUCAUAGUAUAAAAACACCUAAUUACACUGUUGUGAAUAAACCGCCGAUUUUCGAGCAUUUUUGAAAAAUAUUGUAUGAAUGAAGAGAAUGAAAGAGAUGAGAAUAUCUUAUGUUUGUUUGUUUGUUUUAGUUUUAGUUAUUUAAUUCUUAUUGUACUGUUUUCUUUAUAAGAGAGAGGAGUGAUACUGAUUCCUUUUUAUCUUUCCAAGUAUUUUCAUUUAUAUAUCUUAUUUUGAACGUUUGCAUUUGACGAUCAACUGGUAGUUAGUUAUAACAUUAGCCAUUGAAAAGAAGACUACAAUUUUACUUCAACUUACUAAAAGAAAUCCAACACUGUUUUUAAUAAUAUAAGACAAAGCGGGGCUCCUAACGUUUGUAAGAUUUGUCGAGAAGUUUAAUGCAAAAUGCAAACACGAUAUUCAACGUCUGAAUGUUCUGUUCUUAAUUUUUAUGUUUUUUUAUUAAAGAUAUCGAAAUAAUGUGAUUUUGUCAAUUUGGCACCGAAAACAUACGACAGAAAAUAUCUAACAGUUCCAAAGCUACGCGGUUCACCUGACCGAAUUUUUACCCCCUUUUUCAAAUACGAACUUUAAUCUUAUAAAAGCAUCCUGUUACGUUAUGCCCCAAUAAUUGAUAUUUUAUGACGAGUAUUAUUCUGUUUAUUAUAUUUUUCCUUGUGGUGCUAGUAUGCGAGUUGUUAAAGUGUUGUUAUUUAUUCAUGUGUAUGUUUAGCAAUUGUAAAUUAGAUGUAAAGUAUUUUUAUAAAUAAAAUUUUUAAAAUCUUA